CUGUCAUUAGCGUCAGUUUUUCAAAGAAUCAACGUUUGUUUGGCGGCAUUUCUUUAACAGAGGUCAAUUAACAAUUUGGCUUUUUUAAAAAAACUAAAAAAUAAACGAUAUUAAACAUGCACAAGUCUGCCAAGAAGCCCCCAAAUCGCAACGAUUUGCCAAAGUUGAUAGAAAAUGUUCCAGAAGAGCACAAAGGCUAUGUGAAAGACCUGUGUCUCAAAAUGUUGCAGCAUCCUGCAUAUGGACAGCCAUACGAUUGGACCACACGUGAUUUUGAAAUGGGUGCUCCUCUGGGUAGAGGCAAAUUUGGACGUGUAUAUUUGGCCCGGGAGCGCCACACACAUUUCAUGGUGGCCAUGAAGGUCCUUUUCAAGGCAGAAUUGCAAAAAGGCAAUGUUCAACGCCAGGUGUUGAGGGAAAUUGAAAUUCAAUCGCGCCUCAAACAUCCGCACAUUCUACGUUUGCUAACAUGGUUUCAUGAUGAUAGCCGUAUUUAUUUGGCUUUGGAGUUGGCAUCGCAGGGCGAGUUAUUUAAAAUACUACGACGUUCGCCAAAUGCCCGCUUCGAUGAGCCCCGUGCUGCCAAAUACACAUAUCAAGUGGCGGAUGCCUUGCACUAUUGCCAUUUGAAUAAUGUUAUACAUCGUGAUUUGAAGCCAGAAAAUAUACUUCUGACCGCGGCCGAUGAUGUUAAAUUGGCUGAUUUUGGGUGGUCAGCACACACCAUUUCAAACAAACGCAACACCUUAUGCGGCACUUUGGAUUAUUUACCUCCGGAAAUGGUUGAAGGUCACACUUACGACGAUUCUGUUGAUCAGUGGUGUUUGGGAAUUUUAUGCUAUGAAUUCCUUACCGGGGGUCCACCAUUCGAAUCACAUAACACCGAAAUGACCUAUGAUAAAAUUCGUCGUUUAGCAUUGCAUUAUCCACCAUAUUUGUCGGUCGGAGCUAAAGAUGUCAUAUCAAAUUUGUUACGCAAAAGUGGUAGCUCCCGCAUAACGUUGGUAGGUGUAAUGCAACAUCCAUGGGUUAAAAAAUGCAUGGAAAAGCGAAAUAAACAGUUAUUGGAGUUGGAAGCUCAGCAAGCAUAAUUGGAUAACAUUAAUGCUUCUCUGAUUUAGUAACCGAAUUUCUAUGGUUUUUAUAAUUAGUUUAGUUUGAUGUUUUCUUGUUCGCAUUUAAUUAUUUUACAUGUUAUUUUUGUUGUGAACGCUUGUGUUAAAUAUUUUGGGAUGAGAAUACCUUUCUAGCAAAAAUAUUCUGAAAAUGUCAAUAUGUUUCCUUUGCUAUUAAAAAAAUAAAUUGUAUUAUUGAUAAA